AUGCGCUUGUUAACUCACAACGGCUUCUUUGAUUCAACAAAUCUCAAUGAAGCAGAAGAAGAAGAAGAUGGCUAUGUUCUCACAGCUUCUUCGAGGCUACUCCUCAAAAGUCAGAUUCCAAAUCUGUCCCCUUUCGCCAUACUUUCGGUGGAGCCGGCAAUGUUAGCGCCAUGGAAGGUUUUGGGGGACUGGUUUUCAAGAAAUGAGGAGUCCACUGCGUUUGAGACCGCGCACGGGGCUCCUUUCUGGGAGUUUUGCGACACGAAUUCUAGGUUCAACAACGUUUUCAACGAGGGCAUGGCUAGCGAUUCCCAGAUGAUGAGGUUCAUUGUGAAAGAUUAUGGGCAAGUGUUUGAAGGACUGAGUACGCUGGUAGAUGUGGGUGGCGGCACUGGAAUGAUUGCUAAGCUCAUCUUGGAGGCAUUUCCGAGCUUGAAAUGCACGGUGCUUGAUCUCCCUCACGUUGUUGCAGAUAAACCCGCAGGCGGGUCCUCUGAAAACCUUCGAUUCCUUGGAGGGGACAUGUUUCAUUCAAUUCCUUCUGCUGAUGCCAUCAUGUUAAAGCAUGUUAUGCAUGACUGGAGUGAUGAGGACUGCGUGAAAAUACUGAAGAAAUGCAGAGAAGCUAUCAUCGCAAACAAGAAUGAUGGAGUGAAGAAGGCCGGGAAGGUCAUCAUUAUUGACAUGGUUUUGGGCGCGGAAGAAGACAAUGAAAGAGACAUAACUGAAACGAAGCUGAUGUUUGAUGUUCUGAUGAUGGUUCUUGUUACUGGGAGGGAACGAACAGAAAAGGAAUAUGAAAGGCUGUUCAUUGAGUCUGGGUUCACUCGCCACAAGAUAACUCCAAUAUUUGGCUUCACGUCCCUCAUUGAGGUGUUCCCUUAAUUAGUUCCCACUUUUGAUGAACACUAUCAUGUUCCCAUCUUAAUUCAUGCACUGUCAUCAAUUUCUUUGU